UCCCUUUGCGGGAAGCUCCGCCCCCUUCCCGCCUGUGUCCCGUGCUUCUCGGGUGCCGCAGUGAAGUUGGCGGUUGUUCGUGGAGGUGUGAGUGGCAGUGCGCGCGCGCAAGAUGUUUGAAAGCCUGCGCGAGCGCCUGCUGAGCGUCCAGCAGGAUUUGACCUUGGGGUUGAAGACUUUGGGUGACAAAUCAAGAGAAACCAAAAUAAAUAAACAGAGGACUGUACAGUGUUUGCCAGAGUUUUCUGCUGGUUUAGUUCUGCUGAGCAGAUAUGAAGAUACUUGGGCAUCUCUUCACAGAGGAGCAAAAGAAUGUGCAAAAGCUGGAGAGUUGGUGGAUAGUGAAGUUGUGAUGCUUUCUGCUCACUGGGAGAAAAAGAGAAGUAGUCUUUUAGACCUCCAGGAACAGCUUCAGCAAAUCCCAGUAUUCUUAGCAGAUUUGGAAUCCACAACAGCUAGCCUGAUCCAGUUGGAAGCAAACUUUAAGGAAAUGGAGGAUCAUUUACUAUAUCUUGAGAACCUCUGUGGACAGUAUGAGUUGGAAAGAUACAAACAUAUGCAAGUGCUACAGUUGGAAAAAUACAAAAAGACUAAACGAAAAGAACUUGAAAUCUUCAAAGCUGAACUUGAUGCAGAACAUGCUCAAAAGGUUCUGGAUAUGGAACACACACAGCAAAUGAAGCUAAAGGAGCGGCAGAAAUUCUUUGAAGAAGCUUUCCAGCAGGACAUGGAACAGUACCUCUCAACAGGCUAUCUGCAAAUAGCUGAAAGACGAGAGCCAAUCGGAAGCAUGUCUUCAAUGGAGGUGAAUGUGGACAUGUUAGAACAAAUGGAUCUCGUGGAUAUGUCUGACCAAGAAGCUUUAGAUGUAUUUCUCAAUUCAGGAGGAGAAGAUAACGCUAUGCCAUCUCCUAUGUUAGUGUCAGAAUCCAGCACUUGUCAAAAUGAAAUCAGUCUGCAAGUUCCACCUCAGUCAGCGUUGAAGGCAAAUGUCUCUUCUUUACCCUCAACCUGGACUGAUUCUGCUAGCCAAGAUGCCAGCGAAGGAGAGUCACCUGUGAUCCAGUCAGAUGAAGAGGAUGUGCAAGUGGACACUGCUCUUGUUGCUGUAAAUACAGAAAUGAAAGGUGCUUCUGACAACAGUGAUGAGAGUGAUUCGCAAACAAAUUGAGUGUUAUGACAGUAUUUGGUAGGAAUUUGGACCCUGGAAUGUAUGAGUUCAGAAGUGAUUCAGUUGUCUAUUCUCACUACAAUGAUUUAUCAUGAAAGAGAUUACUUUAUAUAAAAUUUAAGUUUGACCUUCAUGUGAAAUACUAAUUUUUAUAUAUAUAUAAAAACUUGAAGCACACCAUUAGCAAUAAAAUAUUGGCUUUUGAACAGUAAUUUUUUUAUCUAGAGAAAGAGUCAUGAAAAGGUUUAUUUUAAAACAGAAACGUAACAAAGCCAUGUCUGUUCUUUGUAGUCACAGUGUGCAUGUCUUAAUUGUUGUGGUUAAAGGUUGAAAAUAUCUGCUGCUUAUACUCAAGUUUAGGCAUCAGAAAAACUGCCUCCAGUUUCUAAUUUCUUCAGGGUGUUAUCUGGAAAUCCAAGUGCAAGAACGAGGGACUGUACUGGCCUCUAGUACAGGAGCCUUUCACUUCGUUACUGACGUAACAUGCCUAAAACUAACUGAAUGUACUGGGAGAUAAAUUAUGAUACUGGCAUUCUUAGUACAUGGGAGAGUUCUACAUAUUGCGGAACUUGUCUUUUCUUCUGGCAGUAUACAAAUACCAUCUUACUGUCAUUGCUGUUUAAGGGGGGAUAGAUGGAUUGUCUCCUAGUACAGGCUUGGUACUUCUCAUAAUUUGAAAAUCGGUAUACUCUUAACAUCUUGACCCCACUAACUGCCAAAAGGUUGAAUAACUAUGCUCUUCCCAUCUUUCAAGACAGUGCUUGAGUUUAUGUAAUAACUGUCAAUAUACAGCACAGUUCAGCAGGCUUGUGUGUUGGCUAUUAUUUCCAAACUUGGGACCUUCCACACAGGCAGCUACUCUCAAAUGGGCAACUUUACUUUCUACCCUUCCUGCUGUUCUUUAAGCAUGUAUUUGGUAAGAGCAUUGGUUUCAAAUAAGGGAAUGUGGGAGCAGAGAUGAUAGUGAAAGUCUCCAGCCAUUCAUAAUUUACUACAGAAUCAAUGCUCAAGCUUAAGUGUGUAUGUGAACAUUCUGUGAGGAGGUAGUGGAAAGGUCCUUGCACAGUGUCCCCCCCAAAAGACACAAGUGUGUGUAACUCAAAUAAGUGUCAGCUAACCACAGGCUAGGAUCUUCAGAUGUGGGUGGACUGUAACUCAAAUCAGCUCUAUCUGGCAUAGGACAAUGUUGACGAGUAGGAAAUGCAGUACAACAAAAUACAGAGGGGGCCGCACGGUCCCAUUCCUGCUAUAAGUUGUGCAUUUUACUUUAGAUAGAGAAAAUUCCAAUUCAUUAUACAGUGGACCCUUCCCAUCCAUGGAAGUUUGGUUCCACCCUCACUCCCAUGGAUGGCAAAUAAUGGAGGAGCUCAUGCCCCACAUUAUUUAAUGGGCAGCAAUGUGCCUACGUCAGCAUGUCCGUUGAAUAAUGUGGGAAAUGAUGAGCUGCGGACUCUCCAAUCUACGGAUAGCUAUCCCACUGAUGCAGUGGGCCCACUGUAAAUGAAAACUCCUGAUGGGCUUUACACCCUUUCCUAGCCUACUAGAAUGGGCUACCUUUUAACUAUUUAAUCUCCACUUCUCUUUCAGAAGAAAGACAAAAUGUCCAAAAAGUGUGUUUUUAUUAAACCUUGUAUUACAAACCUGAAAAGUAAACAAAAACUGGCAAUAAACAUGUUCCUUCCUUACAAGGAAAGAGAGUAGAGCAGCGCUAAUAAAUUAAAUGUCAAACUGUAAGCCAUAGUCAGAAGUUUACUGUCAAGAAGGAAAAAGUACACAGCAAGGUCAUAAAAACCGGACAACCACAUUGGAAAACACUCGACUCUGUAUGUUAUUGUUAAAUAUUCCAAAACAAUUCAGUCUUCUGCAACAACCAACAAUAUGUAUUUUAUAAGACUUUCCUGACAGUCACUCACCACUGGUAAGCUCAGUGCAAUAUGGGUAGCUCUACGGUCUUGUUGAAUUCAAUUAUGAAACAAGAGUUUGUGAAAACAUUUUCCCUUUUUUAUUCCACACAUACUGUACACACAACUGGAAAAGGGCAACAACUACUCCAUUAUUAUUUUGUUGUUGUUCAAUGAUGUAAGCAGCACUUAUAAAUGUUACAAGAAAAACCCUGUAAGCAUCCAAUCCAACCGAUGAAGAAAGUGAAACGUAAGGCUAUUCUUCAUCUUGUCUCUUUGCCACCCUUCCCCACCCUCCCAAGAAAAGGCUCAAGUAUUUAAAACAAUUUACAGGCUUAUGUACAAAAGGUAUGAUUUUUUUUUUGUUACACAUGAAGAAGGGAAAAAAAAUAUAUAGACAAGAUGAGAGCAAAUGCAUUUUUCACAUUCAAAAGAAAUACGCAAAUCUGCUAGUGGCUCUAAAUGCGAUCAUAAAACAAACCAAAAUUAAUGCUGACUGUGAAAAGGUAUGAAAAACAGCAGUGGAAUGGAAAUGGAAUGUUAAAGAUUGCACGUCUAUGACAAGAAGCACUUAUGGCUUCAAUCAUUUUUUAAAAGGAUGCUAUUGAGGGGUUUUUGAUAAAAGUAGCCAACAGCACCAAAAAAUAACAGAAUGGAUUUCCUAAUGAAAUCAGGCACAGUUUUCGCUCACAUGACUCCUCAAGGCAGGCAGUCUUUGUCUUAUUUUUCUUCUCCUCCUCGAACAGAUGCAUAGUGAAGUGCUGGUAACAGAGAACAUUUUCUCCAAAUCUCCCAUUUUGCCUAGGGUUAGAAAACUAAGUCCAUCUUCAGCUGCCAUAACCUCUCAAAGAAAAAUGUGUAUUCUCCAAUUUAAAAAGGUACAAAACUCAUCCUGCCUGUUACAGAAUACAAGCCAAAAGUAUAGCAAUUUCUUUCAAGUUUUGUCUCCUAUCCCUUUUCUCUCUAUACAAAAAAUAAAAUAAAAAAAAAUCUGCUGACAUGACCGGAGAACAAAUUAUAAAACACGCCAAAAUUCAACCUAUCAAAAAAGGGGGUUGUUAAAAGCCUUUUCACAGUUACUGAAAAAAGGGCUUUUUAUUUUCAGACAGAGGGACAAAAUACAAAUUAAUUUCAUCAGCCUCUUUGCUGCUUUUAAAACAGUGAAUGCACAGCAGUUUUUAAAAACCUGCUGUUUCUAACUAUCCUAAGUAAAAAUAAAAUAAAAUAAAAUUCAACAGUUUAAUGCUAAAACAAAAUUAGUUCUCUAAAACCAGAAGAAAAUCUUCUUUAGAGCUAGUGCAAAGACAGCUUGUAUUCUACAGCAAAUACUCCAAACUAUGAUAUAAUAAUUACAAAAAAUAUAUAUAAAAUUGACAAAAAUGAGAGAGUGUGUUGGCAUUUUUAUGAUUAACUUGAAGCACUUUUGGAUGAACCGGAGGAUGAAAGUCUUGAUGAUGGCACGUCAACCGUUGCUCUCUUCCGAGGUCCUCUUUUUGGUGUAGGCUUGCUGAUACAGUUCUCAAUGGUGCCAUUUUUGCCAAUUACCUUUCCACAGAUUUGAUUGACUAAAUUGAUUAUUUGUUCCUGUUUGAGAAAAAGAAAUAAUAAAAAAUUAGUACUGUC